UCUCCUGUCCUUGUGGCACGAGCCCCUGAGACCCAAGUGCAGGACUGGCUGUCCUGCAGCCUUGCCAAGACUUCACUCCUGCAGGUGCCUUCCAGGCACAGCUGCAGGACUUGCCAACUCAGACCUUUUCCGAGCCACCUCUGCUGCAAGUAGCCAUGAAUCCAGGCAGUGAUGUUGAGCAGAGACCUCCGAGUGUCCCCAAGAUGACCUGGGUGAAGGAGGAGAAAGAAGGCCCUGGGACUGCCCCAGCACAGCAGCCUGGAGAGCUGGAGCAAUUUCAGCCACCGCAGCAGGGAGCAGCCAUGGAGCGCACUCGAGAGCAGGAACGCAGCCGUGGCCUCUUCCGCACAACAGCGCAGAUGAUUUGCAAAUUCAUGAAGAGAAUUCGGGAGGAAGAGACCAGUGCCAUAGGCACUGUGGUCAGAGCAUACUCUCCCAUCUUCAAAACCAAGACCAGUGCUGCCCUGCUGGACAUGCUUGUGGAGGAGGGUCCUUCCAGUCCAAAGCAAGUGCUCCCCAUGGUGAGGUUCAUCCACCAGUGGCUCAAGGCUAAUGAGUUUCCCGAGUACAAUCUGUACAGGCCCCUUCUGGAUCUGACAGAGGCACAGCCUGCUGACGUGGUGAUGGCUCUCCUGCGUGUGGCCCCAUGGUGUGACAGAGCUGCUACCACCAUGUGGAAGAGCAUCAUGUGCUCGUGCAGGGCUGCAGAGCCGGCCAUGCUGAUACUCCUGGAUGUGCUGGGCACCUGGCCAGAGCUCAGCAUGUGCACCUCCGACGGGGACCACACGGCUGUCCUUGCCCUGGCUGCAACUGUGGUGAUAUGGAAGAUACUCCAGCUGCCCUGUGUCCCACAUGCAGUGACAGUGUAUUUCCCCCGUCUCUUGGUGCAUCUGCUCUUGCAAGUGCUGUUCAGCACAUUGGAUCUGCCAGAGAAGGUCGAUACUUUCUGGAAGAGAUGCCAGCAGCAACACGGCCUUGCCAUCAGCCCCAACAGGUUUGCAGUGCAGACCCUGAAGGCCCUGCUCUGCCGACUGCACUAUGAGGAUGUGGUGGCGGCAGUGGAAGACGAGUGUGGCUGGGACACGCUGCUGUGUGCUGGCACGCACCACUGUGCUGUGGGUGUGCUGGCCAGAGCAAUGCGUCACGUGUCCCUGCCCUUGUGUUCUGCGAUUGCAUUCUACCUGCUCGGGCUGCUCAGCAAAGACACGGCACACGGGGAUUUGGCCGCCAUGGCGUUCCUUGUGGAGAUGUUGGAGUGCCUGGACUCGAGUGAAUACCGUGACAGCGUCCUGGAGAUCGCAUCAAGCAAACUGCAGAGCGAGUGCAGGGAGAGGCGUCGCUUGGCACUCAGAGGCCUUGUGGUGCUCGGCAAGAAUUCCUCCAUGGCCAAAAGAAUGUGGAGCCUGCAUGAAAGGCUCGUGGAGCUCCUGGGGGAAAAUGACAGCCAUGUGCUUGGGAUGAGCAUCGCUCUCCUCAGCCGUUUGUUCCUGUACAAUGGUGGCCCGAUAACCAUCCCCCUCGGCCUGCAGCUGGCUGAGGCGCUCCUGCCGCUCUUUGACAAUGAGGAUAGCCAGGUGCAGCUGUGCUCCAUGUUCAUCUUCCAGGAGAUGAUGGAUUUAGUACCAAAGGAGGGGAAAAAGGCCCUGAAGUCCCACGUGCAGCAGAGCCUGCUCCCACUCUCCUUGCACUGCCAUGAUGAGAACCAGCGCGUGGUUGAUGCCUCCCGGGAAACGCUGCUCUGUUCCGCCCGAUUCCUGAAGAGGAAGGAUCUCCAGCAGAUGCUGCGGGUGGAUCAGACCUGGAGGUUCGGCGAGGGCCUGCUGGCACAGGACAGGAGCCGAGCGGCUGAGCACCUGCACCGGGCCCUGCUGUACCUGGACAGCCCGCAGGAGUCCCUGCGAGCGGCGGCCAUCAGGUUCAUUGGGAUGGCCGGGCAGCACCUCCGGGGGAACAAACGAGAGCUCCAGAGCAUCUGUCAGGCCCUUGAUGACAAGGCACAGGACAUCAGCCCUGCCAUCAGAAGGCUGGCUCUGGAAACAGCCUUUGUCCUCCGGGCAGCUCAAGGCUCCAUCUUGCAGAAGUGGCAAGAUGGAUUCCGCAGGGCACGCAAGAACCGCCCUUGUCUGUGGGCCCGUGGCUGGCUGUGCUGCUGGAGCUCUGAGGAGAGCUAAAUUGAGAGGCUCUCUGUCUGCCGGGGCCAUCUGAGCCAGGCAGGAAUUUUCUUUAAGAUGGUUUUUUUUUUUCCUUCUUCUUUGU